GUCACGUGAGCGCGCGCCGGCCACGUGACCCCGCGCGGGGAGGGGGCGUGGCCGCGGCGGUUCCAAGAUGGCGGCGGCGCUGUGGGCGCUGCUCGCGGCUCUGGCGGGGCCGGUGCCGGGCCCGGGGCCCGCGGGGGCCGCGCAGGUCCCGCAGGUCCCGCUGCUCGUCUGGAGCACGGAGCGCUCUCUCUGGGCCCCGCUCGCCGCCCCCGCGGGCCGGGUUCUGUCGGAGCCGGAGCUGCGGCAGCUCCUGGAGCCGGGGCUGCAGCGCGGGCCCCGCACGGUGCUGCUGUUCCUGCAGGAGCAGCUCAGCCUGGAGGAUUUCACCGCUUUUGGGGGCGUUUUUGGGAACGAACCCAACGGAGCCUUCCCCCGGCUGCAGGGUGCCCUGGGCUCAGCGGGGUCAGCGCUGACCCUGCCCUCGGUGGCCGGAGCCGCUGCGGCCGCGCUGCCCCUGACCCUGCAGAGGGCCCUGGGCUCCCCUCCCCCCCUGCGCCUGCCCGGGGGGGCCCUGGGGGGGCUGAGGCUGAACCGCUCUGACCCCGAGAGCGACCCCGGGGAACCCACGCUGCUGCUUGUGGGGCUGCCCCAUGGCAGGUCCGGCCUGAUGGGAGCCAAGGAGGCUCUGGCCAGUAACGAUGCGGUGCUGGGGGAGGUGCUGCAGGUGCUGCAGGAGGAGCAGGUCCCGUACACGGCGCUGUUCACUGCCCGCAGGGCCCACGAGCCCCCCAGCCCCGGGGGGAUCCCGGGGGGUUUUGGGGGUCCCCGGCGGGGGCUGCUGGGGGUGGGGGAGGGCCCGGAGCCGCCCCCCCCCCUGCGCUGGCCCCCCCAGGGGGACCCCCAGAUGCUGCUGUGGGCCCGGAACGUGUCGGUGGCGCUGCGGGGGCAGCAGCGCGACCUCACCCCAAAAACCUUCGGGGCCGCGGCCGCCGUCGACCUGGGGGGGUCCUCGUGGAGCCCCCGGGAGGCUCGGUUGGUGCUGCAGUACAAGGAGGUUUUUGGGGAGACCCUGAACAUCACGUUCCUCCUGCGCCGUUCCUGGUUCCCGGUCUCGGGGCGCUCCUGGGCGUGGCUGGAGGAGAUCGGGGUGACCCUGGGGGGGGCCCCCCCCGCGCGGUUCCGGGUUCGGGGGGCGGCCGCCCCCUCCCCCCUGGGCUGGCGCUGCGGGGAUUUGGGGACCCCCGGACCCCUCCUGCUGCCCCUCCCCCCCCUGGAGCACAGCCAGCACUGGGGGCUCCGGAUCCUCGACCUGCAGGUUCAGGGGUUCAACGUCUCCGGGGGCGUUUUCGGGGGCGCCUCCGACUGCGCCGGGUUCUUCGGGCCGGGGGCCUGGAUGGGGCUGAUCUCGGGGGGGCUCCUGCUCGGGGGGCUCCUCCUGGGGGGGGGGAUCCUGCUGGGGCUGCGCCCCAUGGAUCGAUUCGACGACCCCCGGGGGCCCCCCCUGCCCGUGCCCCUCGGGGAGUGAGGGGGGACCCCCAAAAUCCGGGAGAAAUCCCCAAAAAAACGGGAGAAACCCCCAAAAAAACGGGAGAAAUCCCCCAAAAUCCGGGAGAAACCCCCAAAAAAAACGGGAGAAACCCCCAAAAUCCGGGAGAAAUCCCCAAAA